CCACCAACCACCACGAUCGGCCCUCCCUCUCUUCCCUUCUCACGCCUGCACUUCCAGACCCUAUCGUAUCCGUGGAGAAACCGAAACGCCCUUUCCCGGAGGACAGCCCCAGUAGAGCGCCGGACCAAAAAAACGACUCGAUAUCAUGGGUUCCGAUCCGCAGUACGUGAAGUGGCCGCUUCUGCCACUCGCGCAACACGUCUUCACCGUCACAAACCCGCACGCAUCCAAUACCCUACAGCAGGGCGCCGCUAAGGUUCUUCAAGAUGCCAUCACCGAGCAUAAGAUGGCCCCACUCUACCGCUACCUAGCCCACCCGGUCGAGGGAGUCCUCAACCCUGUCGGCAAGGGCUCCAGUAGUCAGGUCCCUGGAAAGCCCCCUAGCCGCAAGCCCAGCAUCGCCGGCGGCAUGGUCGCUACGAAGAGCCCGCAGUCGUCGGUCGCUCUACCCUGGGACGAAGACCUCUAUCAGAAACUCAAGGCCGACAACGAUCGGGAACUCGAGGGCUUCCAGAAGGAGGAGGACGAGGCUGUGGAGCAGGCUGGUGAUACCGAAGUCUUAGCCGCGAAGGGGAAACGCGCCGAGUUUUGGGCUCGGGUGGGUGACAAGGACCGAGCCAUCGCCGCAUAUGAAGAACUUUUCGAAGAAACCGGCAUCCUCGGCACCAAGAUCGACCUCGUCCUAGCCAUCAUCCGUAUGGGCCUCUUCUACGGCGACAGGCUUCUCGUCAAGAAGCACGUCGAGCGGGCCAAGUCGCUCGUCGACUCGGGCGGCGACUGGGACCGCCGCAACCGCCUCAAGGCCUACGAGGGCAUCUACCUCAUCACGGUCCGCGCCUACGCCGCCGCCGGCCCGCUCCUCCUCGACUCCCUCUCCACAUUCACCAGCUACGAGCUCUGCACGUACUCGUCCCUCGUUGUCUACUCCGUCCUCGCCGGCUCCGUCGCCCUCAAGCGCGUCGACUUCAAGUCCAAGGUCGUCGACGCCCCGGAAAUCAAGGCCAUCCUGGGCGACGGCGAAGACAAGCUGCUGGCCCUCUCGGGUGCUCUCAGUGCCGGCCUAGGCGUCGACGACUCGCCCUCGGCCAAGGACACUGAGAGUGGGGGAGCCGCCGGUGCGACGUCCAAGGUGGCCGCUGUCAACCUUACCACCCUCGGUACCAGCACCGAGCAGCCCGAGGCCGAGAUGGCGAUCGAUUUUUCUCCUCUCGCCCAGCUCGUCUCGAGUCUCUACAACGGCCACUACAAGCAGUUCUUCCAGGCCCUCGCCCUCGUGGAGGAGUCGUUCUUCUCCCAAGACCGUUACCUGCUCGAGCACAAGCACUGGUUCAUCCGGGAGAUGCGACUUCGUGCCUAUCAGCAGCUUCUGCAGAGUUACCGUGUUGUCGGCCUUGAUUCCAUGGCUGCCGACUUUGGUGUAACCGUUGACUUUCUGGACCGCGAUCUCGCCAAUUUCGUCGCCGGCGGCCGCAUUGCCUGCACCAUUGACCGCGUGACCGGCAACGGCAUCAUCGAGACCAACCGCCCCGACGACAAGAACAAGCAGUACCAGGAUGUGGUCCGGCAAGGUGACCAGUUGAUCACCAAGCUUCAAAAGUACGGCCAGGCCGUGCGUCUAAGGGGGAGCGAGAGGGCAUGAUCUGUCGCUACACACUACAAACUGCGUUUCGAGUUAUGCAUGGAAUGGGGCGGCGAGAGAAAGAGAGGAAACCGGGGGAACCAUUUGGCGGGUUUUGUGCAAUCCGUCCUGUAUGAUACUGAUACCUCGUUGAGGGGCGAAGAAUAGACGAACCGAGGAGAGGGAGAAACCCCAGAGCAAAUACGUC